UCAAUAUUUCACGUAUGUUUUAAAAUGAAAAACAUGAACGUUUUUAUACUUUUGUAUUUGAUAGUAAAUUUAGGUCCACAUGAUGCCUCACAACAUUGCCUAUCUGAUUCAGAUUGCGUACAAAACAAAAACAGAUAUAAUCGAGAUAUAAAUGAAUGGACCAAAAUGAUAAACAAAGAUAUAAAAGAAGCAAUUGCAAAUUAUAAACCAUGUGAAAAUUCUAAUUGUAAAUGUCAUGAAGAUGUUAUUAAUCAGGAUCUGUCGCCGUUUAAAGAUGGAAUAAGUAAGGAACAAUUUGAUAUUGCUGUUACAAGGGCUACUAAAUAUCAGAUUAUAGAUGGAAAACUGUACAGGCAGAAGGAUUGUCAUUUUCCAUCGCGGUGUACUGGUGUGGAGCAUUUCCUUGUAGCCCUGGCACCCAAGUUGCCUAACAUGGAACUAGCUAUCAAUACAAGAGAUUGGCCACAAAUUAACCAAGCAUGGGGCCAUCAGAAAGCUCCAGUAUUAUCUUUCAGUAAGACUAAGGAUUAUUAUGAUAUUAUGUAUCCUGCCUGGAGUUUUUGGGAAGGUGGGCCAGCUAUAUCAUUGUAUCCUACAGGGAUAGGCCGCUGGGAUAAACACAGGCUGUCAAUAUCAGAAGCCGCCAAGAAAUGGCCAUGGAGUGAGAAAAAAAAUCAGGUAUUCUUCAGAGGAUCUAGAACAAGUGAAGAAAGAGAUGCCUUGAUAUUGUUAUCUCGUUCCAGACCUGAGCUUGUGGAUGCUCAAUAUACCAAAAAUCAGGCUUGGAAAUCAGAUGCGGACACUCUUUACGCCCCACCAGCCUCCGAGGUCUCUUUUGAAGAACACUGCAAAUACAAAUAUCUAUUCAACUACAGAGGAGUUGCAGCUAGUUUCCGGUUCAAACAUUUAUUUCUUUGUAAAUCCCUGGUAUUUCAUGUGGGGAAUGAUUGGCUUGAAUUUUUUUAUCCAUCUUUAAAACCAUGGGUCCACUAUGUACCCAUUAGCCCUAAAGCCAAUCAAGAGGAAAUCAUUAAAUAUAUAGAAUAUUUUCAACAAAACGAUGCUUUAGCUAAAGAAAUAGCUAAUCGUGGCUUUCAACAAAUUUGGGAUAAUCUAACUGUGAAGGAUGUGAGAUGUUAUUGGAGGAAAUUGUUAAAAAAUUAUGCAAAACUUGUAAAAUAUGAAGUUAAAAAAGAUAUUGAUCUGAUUAAAGUUGCAAGAGAAUUCUAAGACAUUACGAAAAGUUGAAAAGCGGAUAAGAUAAGAAGUAAGUAAAGAAGAGAA